UCAAUGGAGACUCCAUCAUCCACCGCAAGAAGAGUCACAAGAUCACAGACAAACUUGGCUGCUUCCAAUAACACCAUCAGCAGCAACAACAUUUCAUUUUCAAAAAAGAUUGAAGAUUCAGAGAAGAAUCUGUCAAAAACAAGGCAAAGAAACGGGCAACAACAACAACAAGAACGAUGUGCAUUGGUUGACAUAUCGAACGAUUCACCAAUUGUGGGGCUUGCCAGUGGCGAUCUUGAGACACCAUUGUCGUCUAUAGUGAAGCAGAGGGGAAGCAGAGUGAAGAAGACACCGUGUUCCGGUGAAGCAUUGCUGAGGGGUCAGGUGAAGACCCUCUUGCAGAAGGUUGAAGAAGAAGCUGAGAUUUCCAAACUCUCAAUGGAAAUUCGUCCAUUUCUUCAACUUGCCAACUCUCCAAUGUCACUUCUUGCCCCCACUCCCGCAAACACACCUCAAAUCCCGAAUCUUUCCAACGAGGGUGGCCUUAACAAUCGCACGGGUUUGGUUUCGGUGUUACCUUCUCCCUUGAUUGAAGAACAAUUGAUUCCUCAGGUGAUGAAUCAAAUAUUUGAUGGGAAGAAUAAAGAGAACCCUGAAUCUGAGAAGAGUUUGAUAACAAGGUCCCUCCUUCUUGAUUUCUCAGACAAAUCUGAGGUUUCAGAAUGCUCCUCUGUGCUGACUUCUAUAGAGAAAUCCCAUGGCUCCACUGAAGAUGAUGCUGCUUCUUCUAUUUGGUCAAUACAAGUCAAAGCAAAAACACAUGAAGAAGAUGAUGAGGAGGAGGAAAUGGCUGAAAAAGAAGAUGAUGAGGAAGAAGACUAUUAUGAUGAGGAUGCUGAAGAAGAAGAGUAUGAUGAUGGAGGGUUGCUGGUUGAUGAACUGUGUGCAGGCUUGAACAACAUUAGUGUGAACAAUGAAAGGGUGGUGGCUCCUAUGUUUGCUGGAAAGCACACAAGAUUUGUUUACGAUAGUGAUGAUGAGCUUGUGGAAGAAGUGGAAGUUGAAUGUUGUGCUGAGAUUGCCUCUAAUGUCCUACGUUUGAAGGGGUUGCCUACCCCAACAGGAAAGCACCUUCGCUUUCCCGAGGAGGAAGAAAAAUCUUCUUUUUGA